AAUAAAGGGAGGUAACUCUAAACUUUCAAACCUCUCCAAUGAAGAGAUUUAAAAGUUUAUAUGUUUUCAGAAAUUCUAGAACGAAUAAGAAGCUUUGAUCAGCUUUAAACAGUUUUAAACACAUCAUCAGUAUACAAAAAAGAAAUGGCUGAUAACAGUGGCACAAGUGAGGCCACAGGAAGUGGAUCAAGUGGGUCCACAGGAAGUGGCAGUAAUACUGAAGGCAAUGCAGGACAACACACUGGUGGCUCUGUAUUGACUUUUAUGAUGUCUAAGAAGAUAGAAUCAGCUCUGUGGGCCACCAGAAUCUUUACCAUUAUCUGUACUUUUCUCUUUUUCUUUCCACUUGUUGGUGGUGGCCCAUAUGGAUUUUAUCAGCGAGCAUUGAUCAGUAAUGCUGCAACAAGUGCACUGAGACUUCAUCAACGAUUACCUAACUUUCAACUGAACAGACAGUUUUUAUCCCUUUUGUUAGCAGAAGACAGCUGCCAUUAUUUGAUUUAUUCUCUCAUGUUUAUGAACAGCUAUCCAUUAACAAUGUCUCUAAUUCCUAUCUGCUUGUAUGCAGUGUUACAUGCAUGUAACUUUACAGUACUGAUUUUGAAUGUUAUGGGUCCACAGUCCAUUCAGUUUGUCAGAAAUAUGAUAACCAAACUACAGGCUCAACAAGUCAGUAUAUUGAGAUUUAUAGCCUGUACCGAGAUAUUUAUUAUGCCAGCUGUCUUUUUAAUGACAUUUACUGGUAAAUGUUCCCUGUUCUUACCAAUCAUCUACUAUAGAUUUCUCCUACUAAGAUAUUCCUCCAGGAGAAACCCAUACUGCAGGACUCUGUUCCAUGAACUAAGAGUAAGUAUAGAAUAUUUAUGUAGCAAGCCUCAGUGUCCAGCCAUGGUGAGGAACAUGUUAACCAAGAUCACAGCUUUUGUUUCAAGGCUGGCUCCUACUGUAGCAUAGAAGUGAUCUCCAAUCAGAAGGUGAGAAUGUUGGACAGGAAGUACAGAGUGUGUUCUGUUUGAAAAUAAGAUAUUGUGUUCAGAUGUAUCAGAAGAGGAUUGUAAUGGAUGUGAAAAUUGAGGAGGAUUUGUGAUAUGUUGUCAUAGUAAUUGUGAUUAUUUAUGUUUUCCAAAAUAUUGGAGAAAUAUUUUCUGUAAUAAUCAGCUUUAAUAUUUUAUACUUUAAAAAACAAAUUAAUAACAAAAAUAUUGUAUUGUCAGAAAAUAGGUGAUUUUUGUAUCAUUACCAAUGAAAAAUUUGUCUUUAUGUAGCCGAAAACAUUUACUGGUAAAUGCUUGAAUCAGAAUAAUUUUUCUUUGUAACAAAUUUUCACUGUUUAUGCCUUAUCACCUAGUGUUACGUAUGUCUGUCCUUCCUAUAAUUAUGAAAUCCAAUACCUGGCCAAUAAUGAAAAGAUUUUUGGUUAAUAAGUGUACAGUGAUGAGUAACAGAUCAACAUUUCUUUUCACCAAGAUCAUACAAGAAAAAUUUACAUAAGUUAUGAACAUUCCAGUAUAUCAUACAAUGAAUAUGAGUUGUAUAAUUGUUUGUGAAAAGAACCAGGGGGUUCUUAUCAAGCGAUCUUCUUUUCAUUGAAAUGAAACAGAUACUUUUUCAUACAUUUUCUGACACUAAGAUGAUUUGGUUUCCAUUUUGGUAUUUCUGUCACAGAUUUCUAAGUUUAUAACCUACUUGUUUUAGCCAGAUGACAUGAAGGACUGUGAAAUCAACAGAUUUUAAACUGGUGCUACUAAGGAAGCAGAAAUUAUUAGUUUUUUUUUGGUUUUUUUAUUGAUUUGUGUGUUAAAUUAAUCUGUAGAUUUCUAUGUUUUGUUCAUUGUUGUUUGUCUGUUUUUCUCUCUAAUGUCUGUGGUGUUGUCUGUCUAUUAUCAAAUUAGUUGGUGAUCUCCCUUGAAAUCUUCACUUUUUGACACAAAAUGGGCAUUUAUAAUAUUGCAUCUUAUCUACCAUAAAAACCAACCAUCAUUAAUUCUUAAGGUUCAUCUUUUAAGCAAUGCAUUCAUUUUUUUAAGGGGGGGGGGGGGGGGGGGGGCAUUUACCAAGUUGCAAAACUUGUUUCUGAUCCAUAUGUCAUUUUGAACAAUGUGUCUGAUCCAUAUAUCAUUUUGAACAAUAAAAUAUGCUUUAAAAUUUGUAAUUACUUUAUAGCUCACCUUUCCUAAAAGGAAAUGUGAGCUUUUGCCAUCACUUGUAUCCGUUGUCAUAAACUAUUUCAAAGAUCUUCUCCUCUGCAACUACUGAACCAAUUACAACCAAACUUUAGCUGAAUGAUACUUAGGGUAUCUAGAAUAAAGAUUGUGUUUAUUUUCCAUUUUGUGAAAAAACAUAGCCACCAUGGCUAAAAAUAGAACAUGGGGGUAAAAUGCAGUUUUUGGCUUAUAUCUCAAAAACGAAAGCAUUUAGAGCAAAUCAUUAGGUCAAGAUCUAUCAGCCCUGAAAUUUUCAGAUGAAUCAAACAACCCAUUGUUGGGUUGCUGCCACUUAAUUGGUAAUUUUAAGGAAAUUUUGCAGUUUUUGGUCAUUAUCUUGAAUAUUAUAAUAGAUAAAGAUAAACUGUAAACAGCAAAAAUGAUCAGCAAAGUAAGAUCUACAAAUAAGUUAAUAUGACCAAAAUUGUUAAUUGACCCCUUAAGGGGUUAUUGUCCUUUAAUGACAAUUUUUCACAAUUUGUUCAUCAUAUUUGCUAACUUUAAAAAAUCUUCUCCUCUAAAACUACUCAACCAAAUUCAACCAAACUUCAACUGAAUGAUCAGUAGGGUGUAUAAAUAAAGUUUGUGUUUUAUUUUCUAUUUCGUCAAAAAACAUGGCUGUCAUGGCUAAAAAUAGAACACAGGGUAAAAUACAGUUUUUGGCUUAUAUCUCAAAAGCUCCAGCAUUUAGAGCAAAUAAGACAAGAAGUUAAAGUAUUUAUUAGGUCAAGGUGUACCUGUCCUGAAAUUUUCAGCAGAAUUGGGUAACUGGUUUUUCAGGUAUAAUGCCCCUGAAUUGAUGAUUUUAAAGAGAUUUUGCAGUUUUUGGUUAUCUUGAAUAUUAUUAUAGAUACAGAUAAACUAUUAAUAGCAAAAAUGUUAAGCAAAGUAAGAUCUACAAAUAAGUCAAUUUGACCAAAAUUGUUAAUUGACCCCUUAAGGAGUUAUUGCCCUUUAAAGACUUUUUUCACAAUUUGUUCAUCAUUUUGACUUACUUUAAAAAAUCUUCUCCUUUGAAACUGCUGUAUCAAUUUCAGCCAAACUUAGGCUAAAUGAGUUUCAGAGUAUCUAGUAUAAAUUUUAUAUUUUAUUUCCUUGUAUGUCAAGAAACAAAGCUCCUAUGGCUAAAAUAGAACAUAGAAGAAAAUGAUUUUUUUUUUGCUUUUGAAGAAAAUAGGACGAUUCAAAGAACAUUUAAAUAAAUUCAAAAGCCAAAAUAAUCAUUGAUGAGAGAUUUAACCAAAAAAAAUAAGGUGAGCGAUUCAGGCUCUUGAGAGCCUCUUGUUUCUUUUAUGUUAGAUAGUAGUAGACCUAUUCAGUUGCAGAUCCAGAAAUUUGUAUAGGGGGAUAGGGGGUGCUGACUGACCUAAGAGGGUCCUGCUCCUGUUACAGUGUUUUCCUUUAUAUUCAACCAAAUUGUUCCCAAGCCUUUGAUUUUGCCCUCUGACUUGAGAACUCCUUAUCCAUUGUAGUUUUGACUGAAAUACACUAGAAAUUGAAAUUUACUCCUUCAAAAAGGCCUUGUUUCAGAUUAAAAUUAGAAGUUUGAGAAGACAUAUCUAGAUUUCCACCUCAGCGCCUCUUUAUAUUCUGAUAAUAUUACAGAUAUUCAUACUAAUGUUGCUGCAUUGAAACCAUAUAGUGUAAUUACAUUUAAAACUUUUGGUUAUUUAUGAUAUUUUUCCAUGUAAAAAUGUAGUUCAAUGCCAUUCAUUAACCUAACAGUGUUUUAGUGGUAAAAAAAGUGAUCUUUUCAUACUAAAAUUUGUGAAAUAUUUAUAUAUUGAACUGUUGUGCGAUACAUGUAUAUAGGUGUGCAAUAUAAUGUAUUUAUGAACUUCUUGUGAAUUGUUUUUGUUAACAGUAACAGUUUAAUAAUGAUAGUUCAAUUCUAUAAGUGGACAAAUACACUUAUGUAAAUAUGUUGUUGUGUAUAUAUUUUUAAUAAGAUAGUUAAUUUUUCAAUGCUGAAUUUAUACAACAUUUAUCUUGAGUUGUAGUGAGGAAGAAAGACCGAAAAACAUCUAGAUACUGUGUUAUAGUCCACUGACAUUGAUUCUAUAAAGCAAUUUUAAAAUAUUCUUAAUUAAAAUAGUAUUUAUGUCAUAUACAUCAUUAGCAGAAAAUCACAGGUAUAUAUUUCUUAGAUUUGACAUGACAAUAUUUCAAUUAUUCUGAAUAUGCAUUUAAUUCUUGUCACUUGAAUAUAAGGCCAUUUAGCAUCAAUCACAAGGAAUCAACAUUUUUAAGUAUCAUACUGAGUUUUAACAUUCAGUUUAUACUUUGAAUAACAUUGUAAUAUCACAAUGAAGAGCAAGAGAGGGAAAGAUAUUUGGUCAAAUCUAUAACAUUUGUGUCUUGCCAAAAUAAUUGGAAAUGAUAGUAUUUGGGAUAAACAUGUCACAUUUUCUUGAAAAAUAUUUGAAACAAUAAAGUUUUAUAUUUAUGCUAACCAGAUUUUCAUUGUAAACAGAUGUGGAAAAGAUUCACCUUUGCUGUUCUUGUGAGAACAGGUGUUUUGGUUUUUUUACCAAUUUAUUUUCAAACUUAUGUUUUCAUAUAUUGUAACAAGUCUUUAUGAAAGUUAAACAUGUUAUAUAUGUUCAUGUUUAAAAAUCUAGUCCUUUCAAUGGAUGCUUGAAAAAUUGAAACAUCUUUUCUACAAGUCAUGCUAAGUUUUUAGUCUUUAUAUUAGUAAAAAUAGAUAAAUGGUAUACAUCAAUGCGACUGCAACCAAUCCACAAAAAUAAAAAUCGACCAAAUUUA